GGCCCCGGAGCACCCCAUGGCUUUUGGGGAGCGCGACGUGGUCUUCUGCCCCUGCCUUUACAGCUAUAGUCCCCACCAGCGCCUUUACAUACGGCUUGUGCAUACCGGCACGAGAGACCGCCCACCGAGGGGGCUCAGGCACCCGAAACUAAAGCUCGGUGCGGUUUAACUGAGGAAAAUGUGACUUUAAAGGCCGCCUGAAGCAGCCCGGCUGACGCCUUUGGGCCCAGCAGCUCCCUGCCGUGAUGGAAACGCCGCUCCGCGGGGCUUCCUCAGCGUUCCCGCCCGGCUGCCUCAGGGGCCGGCGCGGGCAGCAGCCCGCUGCCUCCCGCCGCGCCGCGGGCACACGGCGGCCAGGCAGGCGGCUCCUUUCUGAUAGGCUGCGCUGUAGAAAAAACAUGAUGGCAGCUAGGGUUUAAGUGCUCUAUGUAGUAUGUGGACAAAACUACAAACUCCGGGGAUUUGUCUUUGACCAAGAGAAUACCUGGGACAGUUGCUCCAGGCCUCUCACCACCGAAACCGUUAACUGCGCCCCACUGUAAAGGUCAGCCUUGCAGCUUUGGAAGACAAACUUCCUCUGAUCCUGGGUAUGAUAAAGGUUAAUACUGUUAGAUGCCAGUCAAAUAGAAGAGGUUACAAUGUAAUAUAAGCUGUCUUACUAUAAGUAGAAAUCCCAUGGCAGUUUUACUCAGGCUUGGUCGCUGUAACAGUAAGGUAAGGACCUACGCUUAAACUGUUACAAAAAUUCAUUUGGAAACAGAAAAGCCUUGAAGUUCUCUUUGAAUGUUUCCUGAGUAGAAAGACCAAGAGGCUGAGAUGGAGCUGCCUGGCCUUGCUUUUGCUGUUUGGAUGUUUAUUUGCUUCUAUGCGUCUGUGGAUGGCUAUCCAAGUGGAAAAAUAAGAGAAGCCUGCACUAGCAUGAUACCCUGUCAUGGUAGCUCUCCACAGCUGUCACCUGAGCACACCAUUACAGUGAAUGGGACUGAAUUUAAACCAGGGGACAACAUAGAAGUUCAUCUGUCUGGACCAGAUUUUGAAGGAUUUUUCAUACAAGCCCGGGAUGCGGAACACCUGGAUAGCCCUGCCGUUGGUUCUUUCAUGUUAGUUGACCGGAGACUUUCACAGCUUCUGACAUGUGGCCGUACCAAGAAUUCAGCUGUCAGUCACACAAGUAAAGCAAAAAAGAAAUACAUAAAAGUUUAUUGGAUCGCUCCUGGAGAUGCACCAAAACGUGUACAGUUUCUAGCCACAGUUGUGAAGAAAUACAAGAUUUUCUGGGUGAAGAUUCCUGGUCCUAUUGUUUCUCAGCCUAAUGCACUGUCCCCAACACCACCCUUGCAUGCAACAUCAGAGGCUGUGUCAACUUCACACCCGGUUUCCUACUUAUCAAAACCAUUUAAUGCAUCAGGCUGUGGAAAUAUGAAGUUCUGCAUUAGGAACCCUUCAAACUGUGAUCCUGAGAGUGCUUCCUGUUUUUUUCUAUCCUUCCAACAAGAGAAGAGUUCAGUAUUUAUUGAAAUGAGUGGUCCAAGUGAAGGAUAUUUAGCAUUUGCAUUGUCCCAUGACCAGUGGAUGGGUGGUGAUGAUGCAUAUCUGUGUGUUAAUGAGGACCACCGUGUUCAUGUAAGCCCUGCCUAUCUGAAGGGGCGAAGUCGUCCUGUUUUGGAUUCAGAGAAUGCCCUUGAAGAUGUGUCAUGGAGGCUUGUGGAUGGUGUUCUUCAAUGUUCUUUCAGAAGGAGUAUUCGUCUUCCUGCUUAUAAAGGGAGAUUUAAUCUGGAUGCCAGUUACUACAUCUUUCUGGCAGAUGGGGAAGCUAGUGAAGGUGGACUAAUACACAAACAUCGUCGUCAGCCUCUGAUCACCAAUGGAAUAUACAAUGUCACAGGCCUUCCUCAUGAUAUUGGAGGUUCCAGGUCCCCACGACUUAUCAAGGCUCAUGGAGCGCUAAUGUUUGUUGCUUGGAUUACCACAGUUAGUAUUGGUGUUCUUGUUGCACGAUUCUUCAAACCUGUCUGGUCUCAUUCAUUCCUGUUUGGAAAGGAGAUGUGGUUUCAGGUACAUCGUAUGCUUAUGUUGACCACAGUCACGCUUACAAGCAUUUCUUUUGUGUUGCCUUUUAUAUACCGAGGAGGUUGGAGCCAACAAGCAGGUUUUCAUCCCUAUCUCGGCUGUACCGUGAUGGCUCUGACAAUCUUUCAAGCACUUAUGGCAGGUUUCAGACCAUCUCGUCAUGCACCAAGGAGGCAAUUGUUUAACUGGUUUCACUGGAGUACUGGUACAACAGCUAGAAUAUUAGCUGUGGUGACUAUGUUCUUGGGAAUGGAUCUACCAGCACUUGACCUACCAGACCCAUGGGACACCUAUACAAUGAUUGGUUUUGUAGCUUGGCAUGUCGGUAUUGAUGUUCUUCUGGAAAUACACAGCUACUGUCUCGUACGUAAAGUUGAAGUGAUAGAGGAUGACAGAGUACAAAUACUGCAGUCACUCACAUCUGCAGAAGCAGAGGGUCGUCUGUUUAAACAGAUUGUGUUAACCAUCUACAUCUGUGGAAAUGUAGUAUUCCUCAUUGCCUUCCUGGCAGCAAUCAGCCAAAUAUGAAAUAAGUCACUGAGAGUUUUGUGAUGAAAUAUUGUGCAGUUGAAAAACCUGCAAGGAAUGCUUUCUAUUACAACUUUGCCCUCAGCACCUCCCUGAAGAUGUAAUUGAAGAAUAAUAGCACACGUGCAUCAUGCUCGGCGUUAGGGAGAACUUGAAUUCAAAUCUGUAGAAGGAUGUUGCAGUCCUGCAAAAGCUGUCUUCUGAUGGGACUUUUAAUGGGAGUCUUUGCCUGAGUAAGGAAAGAAGUUUCUAUUUUUUAAGUGCAGUAAUUAACUUGAUUGAAGCUUAUAGGUUAAGAAGACUGAGAAGAUGUGCUGAAAAUGCUGUUUUGAUAGUAAGUUCUCUAAACCUUUUGUGAAUAUUAUUGGGAAAACCGGAAAGAUUGAUCCGGAAUCUUAUAUCUGUUCACUUUACUGUGUUCUAAUGGCAUGUGAUGUUACAACUUCCUGCUCAUGACAGUUUUGUGCAUUAAAAAACAACUUGGCCAAAAACUGUCACAAAUGCAGGUUGAUGCAUGAGUUAAAUGCUGUUGUCUAUCUUUGCAGUUAAAUGCAAAAAAUAUUCUCUCUGCUCUAAGAGCAGUACACUUACACAACAAGCAUAUGGGUUUGGGAACUUCAGUCCUUUAGUAAAACCGCCAUUUGCCUCACGCAAAAUACUGUUCUGUCCUGUCCCCCUCAGUGCUUCUAAACCAUAAAGAGAAAACGUGUUUGCAAUAUAAGUGCAUUAAAACCAGUUGUACUUACCUAAAACUCAAAUGGGAAGAACUUAUCUGUGUGUUUGGAUUUCUGUGUUUUGCUGUCUUUUGGUUGCUUGUGGUUUCUGAAUUACUUUUCUGUGUGAAUAAGAUGGUUUUAUGCCACUUGAUGCUUAAAUGGAAGUGAAAAUAUUUGCUCAGGAAUGUUGCAGUUGUAUUUGCACUGCCGGAUGAAAUGUAGAUUAGGAGUUGGUUUGACUUCAGGAAAAGCAGCUUCUGUUAAUGUUAAGUGAGAGUCCUUUGAGCUGGCAUAUCUAGGAGACAGAACUGUCUUUAUAAGAAUAUGGGAGGGCAUUUUUUUAGUCAACAAAAGAUUUAUAUAAGUAUAUGAACUAGGUACAGGGAAUGGAAAGAGACUAUAUUGUUUAACUUUUUUGGUUCAUGGUUUGCCUAAGUAUGGAAGGAUACUCUUGAAAUGGCAUCUCCGAAAUGAACCCUUAAUAUGCCAUGCAGUACAGUGCUUUGCAUUUGUGUUUUGCAGCUCUGAACAGUUUGCUUCCACACUUCAUUUUUGAUACUGGAAAUUAUCAAUUUUUAGUUGUAACACUUCAAAAUAUAUCUUCAGCCUAGGGCUACUAAGCUAGCUGGGAAUAAAGGUGUUGGAGUAUUAGAUAGAAUAGUAAAUAGUGAGGCCUGGCUUGUAGACUGUUAUAGCAACAUCUCUCUACUACCUGAUGGCCAGCUCUAAAAUACUCGUACAUGUGGGUCAGGUAGUGGUUCUCUCCGUUUACUACAGCUGUCUAUUUCUGUCUCUUCCUCCAUCUCCCCAAAUCCACAGUGCAGCCUGUUGCAGGGACAAGUCAUAUUCAGAAAGCUACAAGCUUGUAAUUAGUGGUCGUCUUUUUUGCUGCUCAAGUAACUGGUUUAGCCAUAAGAGCAUUUAUAGAGCUGGGAUUAAUCCCUUUGUCAGUGGCAGCAGCAGAAUGCAAGUGACUGUAAGUUGAAUCAUCCCCUUUCCUCCUGGAAGCUGGAAAAGUCAUGUGCAGGUUGGGAAAGGGGGACUAUGAAGAAAUAUGGCAAAACCUAGGCUGAAGGGCAAGAAGUAUAUGGCUAAUUGGGGUUUUUAGAGAGCUCUGAUCUCAAAAGCCUGGGAAUCACAGGCCCAUCUAGUGCUAACGUUUUGGGGGACUCUUUCAUAUACCAUGAGUUUAUAGAAGAAAAUCUCUCAACCUAGGCACAAUUGAUGGCUUUUUAAAUUAAAGUCAAUGCCAGAUUCUUUCUGUAAUACAAUAGCGAUACUGUGUGUUUGUUUCAUUUGCAUGUGACGAUGAACACAGGGUUUUUAAAACAUGAAUGUAAAUAUCUUAAUAAAAGUUCUUGUCUCUUUUAGUAAGGUGAAAACACUAUCAAAUAGAAACUAGAAAAGAAUACUCUUGCAUAGCAGCCAAAUGGAUUGUCUGUUUUCUUUGUAGAUGUUUUAUAAAUUAAAGCUAUCUAAAUGCUUCCUGGAGAAAUUUAUUGAAAUUGAAUGUUAAAAUAUUUUCUCUUUGCAAUGCAGAGUUACUUUUCCUCAAGAAGAAGAAAAAUCCUUGUUCCACAUCUAAUACAGCUUUAAAGAUGGCAAAAUUGUCAGUUGCUCUUUGGAUAACUUGUUCCUUCCCAGUGCUAGCAAUAUUGCAUAGUUUCUUAUGUGAGGCCUUAUGUGCAGUUUUAUAACUUAUUUGAUGGAAAGACUUGUGAAAUUUGUGCAAUGUUUGUUCACACCAUCACCCCUGCCCUCUUCCUGCAUGACUUGUAAGAGGAAGCAAUGUGUCAUUGUAUUCUAGUGACUUCCAAAAUUUCUGGUAUAUUCCUUUGAAAAAAAGAAGAAAAAACUCUAUGGAAGUGUUUGAUAUUAGCAGGAAAAUAGGUGAUAAGCAGUUUGGUUCUAGAAGCACUGGUGGCUGCUGUAUAUUUUUUUUUUUUUCUUGAAUGAUAAAAUAUUGUAUAGAAGAAAAUUCCCAUUGCUUUGCUUCAUAAAGGAAUCCCACUGAAGUCAAGAAAUUCCCAUUGUUUUGCUUCAUAAAGGAAUCCCACUGAAGUCAGGAAAACUUCACAAGAAGAGAUCGAGAAGGUUUCAGUGUUCUUCAGAUUAAACUUGUGAUGACAAAUCAACAUUAGCAUAUUUCUUUUUGGGUUCUUCUAGACAGGCAAAUGCUCCCAGUCAAGUAGAAACUUGUGAUCAGUCUCACAACAAGUAGUUUACUGUUUUGAUUGAGUUGUUAGGUGCAGCCUCCAAAUACUGGUCAUCUGCUCUUGACUUAACUACAAACCAUGUUUCUUGCAUAUGUUUUGAAUGAAAACUAACUCAUGCAAAUAGCUCAAAUGCAAUGGAAUUCACUGCUACUUUUGCUUUACUUGAAAUAAUUUUUUUGCUAGCUGACACGCAGGCUGCAGAAUGAACUAAGAAAAGGUGUGCUUUGUUUCUCUUCCUUACGCUGAACGCUACACUGUUUUCUGUUUUGUCAAAAAUCACAAGAUGGGGAGACUUCAUAUUCAGUGUAAUCAUGCCCGUGUUUUUCCCUUACCCGGCUUUGGGAAGGCUAGAGAUUGCCUGCCUUUUGUUUCCCAUCACGGUUUGUAACACUACGUGGCGCUCUUGCUCAAAUAACAGCAUUUUUAUUUCACUUGCUUUCUUUAAUCUGUCAGUGAGAGGGAGGCAUGUAAAGGACGUCCAAAACAGGAAGUGUUCCUAGAUGAGCUAAUAAAAAAAAUUUCUCAAGCUUUGUUAAGAAACUCGAUCUUUAAAUUCAAGCCAUUUCAUACAGAUAGACAUUAUGGAAUGGGUGUUUACUUGAUGUCUAUGCUUAAGCUUUUGUUUGAACGGUUACGGCCUGUUUUCUUUUGUCAUGUGUCUAAACUGUGCUCUAUGUGGGUACAUGCCUUUCCAAACAACUUAAGAUGAAUGGCAAUCAUCGAGGAAAAAACUGCAAUCUUCUGCAUUUCAAUGCAGAAGUUAAUAUCUCGGUGAUUUUAGACCUUCAGUGCAGGCUGAAGUAAGAAAGACUCCAAGUGAAUAGAAGGCUAAGAGGGAUGAUCUAGUAAUUCUGAGAAAUUCUUUGUUCACAUCAGUCUGAUCCCAGCUUCUCUAAGGGGUAUGUGUGAAGGGGGCAGCUGUUGCAUUCACUUACCUGAGGGAGUGGCACAGCAGAAUCGGCACAGGACAAGUGCUUCAGAACAUGCUUGGUACCAUCUGUUUUAGCUCAUACGUGAGCUAAUUCAACCACUGUAUAGCUUCUGCUGGUCUUCCUUGCGUUGUGCAAAAGUGACUUUACAUAUUGCAAACCACAAAAGCUGAACAUCUGUGUCACACGGAACCAGGUAUCUAUGAUAGGCUGGACAAAUGAUACUGCACUAAGAGGGACUCCAGCUUUGGCUUUGUUUCAGAGAGACUUUUGUCUUGCUGGACCCUAGAAAUCGUUUGGCUUUAAUGAUGAAUUGGAAUUUUGCAUGGCAUCUGUACUGAUGUGAGGGGAAAAAAAAAAGAUUUGCCGCCUUAUAAUUCUGUUCUUGUUGAUACGGGAUGUGGGAAAGCUCUGGGCUGCAGCACUCAUGAUGAACAUCCCUGCUUCCCAGAAGCACACAGCUCUUGAAUGCUCCAUUUUGUGUCUCUGUUCCUCUAGAUUAAUGAUGUGAUAUCCAUGCUGCUACAUAGCUAGUGUAUUAGUGUGGGACAGUUCAGACUCAUCUGGCACAAACAGAAUAGUUUUAAUAUAUGUGACAUCAGAACUGCCACAUGGCAAAGCAGAGAUCUGCUGAGCCCGGUAUUGUCUCCAGAAGUGGUAGUAAUGAGUGCUUAGAGCAAGAGACGUAACAAGACUGCAGUGGUAUUUUCUCUUUCCAGCAAGAUCUGCUUGCUACUUGCCAAAAUCUGUGCAAGGUUGUCCUAAACUAGAAACUGCAGCUGGACCAUGAAUUUUUGUAGUGAUUGAAUUUUAUCUAUGAAGUAUGCAAUGAAUUAAUAAAAAAAAAAAUCUGUUAAUGUUUUUCCCUCCCAUUUAAUUAGUCAGCAUGAGAAAGUGCUGCUUGUUUUUGUUUUAAGCCUGCUUCUUGAUGCCAUUGUUUAAUGACCUGUAUUUUGUUUUUUACCUUCCUGCCUUUAUCACAGUUCUCUAGGCCUCUCAUGUCUGUGCCUGUCUUUUCCCCUGUAUGACUGCUGCUGUGUUUAGCCAUUUUGCACUUCUGAUAAUCUUCAUUACCCUUCUCUAUUUGUCUCUUCAGAGAUGGGGUGACCAAACUCUACUCAAGUUGUAAAUAUGAAGUGCUAUGCCACAGUUGUAUUUUGAUUUGUUUUCCAUGCCUUCCCUAGUGAGUCCUAAAGCUCUCUUCAUUUUCAUGGCUUCUGAGCAUGGAGUUGAUAUUUUCAGAGGACUAUCUAAAAUAAUGCCAAGGUGUUUUACUUCCUAGCCAAGAGGUUCAUAACACCAACUUAACAGCUAUUUCUCGUGCUGUGUGUGGUUAGGGUUAUUUCUAUUUUUUUACAUUACUUUUCAUGUAUUGGUAGUGAAUUUCACCUGUAGAUUUACUAUGCAUUCCCUAUUGUGAAGUCUCUUUUUAGUCCUUUGUCUCUUAAACUAUGAUUAAUACUACAUUGGCAGCAGCAUUUUUGCCCCCUUUUCCAGAUCAUUUAAGUUUAAUAGCAUGGAGUAUUGGGGAAGGCAGGGGAUGAGUGUCCAUAGCAAUCUGCCCCUGUUACAAAAACUGCUCAUGACUACUUCAUAUCAUUCUCCUACUUUCUCACUUUUUGGUGUAUCCUGUUAAGAACCUUC